GGAGAGUACGCUGGAGUCUCCUGCUCAGGUCCGGUGCCCGUCCGUCUGGUGAAUGGGAACAACAUGUGCUCCGGGAGAGUGGAGGUCUAUCAUAACUCCACCUGGAGCACCGUCUGCGGCACGAGCUGGGAUAUCAAAGCGGGGAACGUGGUCUGCAGGGUGUUGAACUGUGGGACUGCCCGGUUAGUAACAACUGCUGUCUCCUACGGAGAGGCCACUGGGAACAUCUGGCUGGAUGAAGUGACGUGUAACGGGGCAGAGCCUGCCCUCGACCAGUGUCCUGCCAGACGAUGGCAGGUGAAUAACUGCACACACGGAGAGUACGCUGAAGUCUCCUGCUCAGGUCCGGUGCCCGUCCGUCUGAUGAAUGGGAACAACAUGUGCUCUGGGAGAGUGGAGGUCUAUCAUAACUCCACCUGGGGCACCGUCUGCGGCAGGAGCUGGGAUAUCAAUGCAGGGAAUGUGGUCUGCAGGGUGUUGAACUGUGGGACGGCUCAGACAGUAGCAACUGGUGCAUUCUACGGAGAGACCACUGGGAACAUCUGGCUGGAUGGGGUGAAGUGUAAUGGGACAGAACCUGCCCUCGACCAGUGUCCUGCCAGCCCAUGGGGUGUGAAUGACUGCAUCCACAGUGAGGACGCUGGAGUCUCCUGCUCAGGUCCAGUGCCCGUCCGUCUGGUGAAUGGGACCAACAUGUGCUCCGGGAGAGUGGAGGUCUAUCAUAACUCCACCUGGGUCACCGUCUGCGGCAGGAGCUGGGAUAUCAAUGCGGGGAACGUGGUCUGCAGAGUGUUGAACUGUGGGACGGCCCGGUUAGUAACAAAAGCUGUCUCCAACGGAGAGGCCACUGGGAACAUCUGGCUGGGUGAAGUGAUGUGUAACGGGACAGAGCCUGCCCUCGACCAGUGUCCUGCCAGACCAUGGAUAGUGAAUAACUGCACACAAGGAGAGUACGCUGGAGUCUCCUGCUCAGGACGCAUCAAGAACUUGGCUCAGAAACGCUGCUUCACGGACACAGGUAGGUGGGAGAAACACAUAGAAUAUAGAAGAGUUCAGCACAAGAACUGGCCUUUCGACCCACGAUGUUUGUGACGAUCAUGAUGCCAAGUUACACUGAUCGCCUUUUCCUGUACAUGAACCACAUCUCUGUCUUCCCUGCCCCUCCAUGUGCCUAUCAGAAAGCCUCUUGAACACCGCUAUUGUCUGUUCCUCCACCACCAUCCUUGGCAAUGCGUUCCAGGCCCCCACCACCCUCUGUGUAAAACAUCUGCCCCGCACAUCUCCAAUGAACUCUCCCCCUCUCACCUUAUAGCAAUGCCAUAUAAUGCUGGACAUUUCCUUCCUGGGAAAAAGGUUCUGACUGUCCACCCUAUCUAGGCCUAUCAUGUUUUUAGUCUAUCAAGUCUCCCCUCAACCUCCAACGUUCCAGAAAAAACAAUCCACGUUUGUCCACCCUCUGGAUAACCGUACAUGUAUCGGAUAGGUUUAGAGAGUUAUGAUCCAAGCGCGUGCGGGCG